CAGUCACUUCCUGCAGCUGUUUCCAUCUGUGUCCGGUUGUACUGACUUUUCCGAAUGCCGGCCCCUCAGACCUGGUGUAACCCGACUUAAGUUGUCAUGAAAAAGGAAGAAAGGACGAGGUGAAGAUAUCAGCUGGGGAUGUGCAGGGCUGGACAACUCCAGGUACAAGGGAUUGCCUGCAGAUUGCUUCUCUGAACCCCUCUUCCCAGGAUCAGGGGAUUCUAAGCUGAAGAAGAGCCUUCCUCCUUCAACAGUAACAUGCCCGCAGUCCUCUCAGCCAAUGAUUCUUUUGCAGCAGAAAGGACAUCCUCCUCUUCCUCGCUCUGAGAAGCCUUCAUCUCCUCCUAUGUCAGUGGCCGCAAGGCCAAGAGCCAACUCACCACUGUCCCCGCAGAAACCUUUUGGACUGGGGCCGUCCUUGCAGCACUCACAAGAGGAGGAGUUUGCAAAGGGAGUGGAGCAGGAUCCUGUGCUGGAGGAACUAUGUAAGCCGCUGUGUUGUAAACUUUGCAAUGUCACUCUGAAUUCAGCACAGCAAGCCCAGGCUCAUUACCAGGGUAAAAACCAUAGUAAGAAACUGCGGAAUUACUAUGCUGCAAAUAGUUGCCCAGCUCCUGCCAGAAUGAGCACUUCAGUGGAGCCUGCUGUGCCUCACAUUGUCUCUCUUCCAGCUCAGAUGGGUUCCUCCAAACCAGGAGGCCGGGUGAUCAUGGCCACCGAGAAUGAUUACUGCAAGCUUUGCGAUGCCUCCUUUAGUUCCCCGGCAGUAGCUCAGGCCCACUACCAAGGAAAGAACCAUGCCAAGAGGCUACGCCUGGCAGAAGCACAGAACAGCUCGUUCUCGGAUGCAGCAGAACUGGGCAAACGGAGGGCGCGGAAAGAAGGGAGCGACUAUAAGAUGACGCAGAAUAGAAGAAAUAUGUAUGCGGUUCAAAACAGUACAGGACCCUACUUCAAUCCACGCUCCCGCCAGCGAAUUCCUCGCGACCUCGCCAUGUGUGUCACCCCAAGUGGCCAGUACUACUGUUCGAUGUGCAAUGCUGGGGCUAGUGAAGAGAUGGAGUUCCGACAACAUUUAGAAAGCAAACAGCACAAAAGCAAGGUGUCCGAACAGCGGUAUAGGAAUGAGAUGGAGAAUCUUGGCUAUGUACAAUGACAUGCUAUCCCUUGGUAGUAGUUUGCUGAUAGAGCAGCUUCUCUCGCCUGCUGUUUGCCACAUGCCCUGCUUUGUGCUCCAUUUGAUAGGAGUAUGCUCUCUAGCUAUACAUGUAACACCUGCAAACGUUAACAGUAUGGUUAGGGGUUUUUUUAUAUCACUGUUGGCAGGAAUGUGCUCUGCAGGACAUGAAGUGGUUUUAAUGUUUGUUUGCUCGUUAUCUAUAGCUCUUCAUUGCAUUUCUGGGGAGCCCUAUCCUCCCCCAUGCCCUGUUGCAUGAGUGUGCAAGGCCCGAGAAGCAGUGGGACCACUACGGUUCUGCCACACAGGCAGGGUAUGUGAUGCAACAGCCAUUUUGGCAGAUCCUGGAGCUGUGCUCUGUAGCAUCACUCUGCAACAGGAAGAGUUUAUGGGCAGGCUGGAGAAGAGAUGGGAACAGAACGCCAGCAUUGCUGGACACACAGUGCUGGUUGCGAAAGAGGCGACAACCACAAAUACAACUCUCAGCAGGUGUCUCUUGCAUUCCAAGUAGGUAUGGCACAGAGGCCGUGUGCGUACCCUAUGGGAGGAACCUAUCUCCCUUACCAUCAUGUAGGCCACCCUCACUUCAGGGGGCUGAUGAGGAUUUCAACCUAACGACUGCAAAAGGAGAAUAGCUGAUCUGCCCCAUAAGCAGAUAUUUUCCUUGGUCGAGAAGGCUAGAUUCCGGUCUGCUCUUGGCAAUGGGUUUUUACCACACUGGAGACAUGGGUGAAAUGCACCUAUGGGAGGAGGGCUUGUUGAGGGCCCAGGGGUGAAAGGAACUCAAAUUUGAUAAGUAUUGUCCUAUUGCAACCCGCUCUUUAAGCCCUGCCAGCUCUUUAAAUAGUUCCCUGCUGGCUUUUGCCACAGCUCAGCUAGUUCUUGCCAGAACUGUACAGCUGGGUGCACCCACUUCCUUUCACCUCUGGGGCCAGAGAGCAGAAGCUAAAAUAAUCAGCUGGAGGCUCUGUUCUGAGCUUUGGUCCUCCAUAGGUCAGCAUGGAUGGGGAAUGAGGGCAAGGAAGGAAUUUUGGGCCCUAACACUCUAUUGAACUGGUGGGGGGAGGGGGUUAGGUGCUGUUCUCCAGCUGGUAAUAGUAGAGGAGGUGGGUCUGCGACAUAGUGCAAUUCUCUGGAACUUGAGGCUUAUUGGAUCGCACCUGCCUCAACCUCCUCUCCAUUCAGCUGCAUUGAACUUGACAAGCAUUAUGUGAGCAAAGUGAAAUUCCCUCCAGCUUCCUUGAGAGGAAUUGGGCAUAUUUCAUCUCUUCCCUUUACUCUAAGACUCAGACUGGGCUUUCCUAUAUCUUUCCUCCCUCCGAAUAUCAGCCAUUUAGGUCUUUUGUUUUAGGGAAGGGGUAACCAGCAGCAUGAGUGUAACCUCCCAGUUGGGCUGUCAUGUUCUCCCCUGUAUUACCUCCAGGCUAGGGGGCUGUACUGUCCCUUUUGUACUCUCCGGGCUGGGCUGCUGUGUUCUCCCAUGUUCUUUCUGGGCGAGGCUGCCAUGUUGUUCCUGUGUGAGAUUUGGGUUGAGCCGCUGUGCUGGGAGAGCUGGGCUGCUUUGUGCUCCCCUGGUCAUUCAUGUAGUUGUGAUUAAUUUAAUGACCCUUAUCAUUUUUUUCAUGUCCAUAAUAAAUAAGGUCAGAGCCAGGCGGCUGCUGUGGCUAUCUCCUUUCCAGACUUAGUUUACAGUUCUGGUUUUAUGCUGAUAGCUCCUUUGUUUUUUGAGGGGGAGGGUACUAGAAAUGAAAAGGUGCUUUGUAGCAUUUCCCCUCCUGCUAGAAGCAAUGAGUUGAUUUCUCCCUUGAUGUAAUCCUAUUGACUUCAGUGGGGCGGCACCAAGGGUGAUUAUGGCUCGGUGCACGUUAUGUUGCAGACAGCCCUGUUUUUCCGCAUCCUUAAUGUCCCGGCUCCCUAGUUUCUUGGAUUCCACCAGCCUUUUUCAGCCUUAAAAAAUGGAGUUUCUGUUCAUCUUCUCAGUUCAGGGAAGCCACAGAAAGUCUUGCCUCACUUGCGUGCCCAAAAGUAAAAGCUGUUCUUCAGAUUGCCACAUCUUUUACAUCACACUCCUGUACGCCAUGAGGUUCAACGGUGAUGGGGGACCUCAGAGCAACCAUCACAUGCUCCCUGCUGAGCCAUGUUUAUAUGCAUGGCAGCAAACGCCAGGGUCUAUACUGCCUACUGCUGGUUCUCUGCCCAGGGGCUGAGUAAAUAAGAUUUGCAUAGAGGAGCUCCAUCAGGUAGAAUGUGCGGGAGAACAGAAGCCCCUCUCGCAGAACACAAGCCACUUCUCCUGUGCUCUCACUGGCUGGCCCCAGGCUGUGCUUAUUGAUGUACUCCAUUUUCAACCUCCCUGUGCUGCCAUAGAGAGUGUGAACCCCUGGCAUGACCUUCUCCCCAUUCCAAACAGUGGAGCAUUCCUCUUUCCCCCUGGCUGUGCACCCCCAUGCAAGGAUGGAAGAGGGUGGAGGAUAUUUGUCCUGUUGCGUCUCCCACACUGAUUUCCGCAUCCCGUUUAAAUGUCCAUUUGCCACAAACCACAGCAUGUGUUCCCAUUGCUUCCUGCAACACUGAAUAAAAUGGGAGAUAGGAGAAACCCUGCUACAUGUACAGUGUCUAGCGAGGGAGGAAUGUUGAUUCACAAAACAGUGUCUAUGAAAUGCCCCAGCAAUAGGGCUCCCAUGUUUUUUCUGGGGAAGCUGCUCAGCAGGUAGAUAGACUCCCCCACCAACCAGCCUCAGUUUGAACAUGGGGGAUGAGGGUUGUCACCCCCAAUAUUCCAUCUCUCCUCUGCCCUUGCUGUUUCCCUUUGUGAAGCAAGGAGUGGGACUCUGUGGCGCUUGUUGACAAGUCUCCUAGGCAGGAGAAAAGGCAUCCCUGGCUAGAGAGAUGUGGGAUGUGCUGGGACCUGCUCUGUCCAGGAGUCCUGAUGGGAGUACAAGGGAACCAAAGACUGCCUCUCUCCUCACAGCGUGCAUAGCAGUUUCUGCUUGACCUAGAAAAUGACAACUCAUGAACGUGUGAAAAAAAACCACCUUAGAAAUCACUAGUGUUACUGUGAUAGCAGGGGACCAGUCAGUGACCUGGGAGGACCCCACCAAUGCCAUGCCCAGGCCUCCUGAUGGUGGGGGAGCAAACAGGGCAGUUGCCUCAGGGCCGACAUCGCAGCGGUGAGAGCCCUGGGUCCCUGUAAAUUGUUUCCACGUGGCUUUGACAGCUUGGGGUUGAGGUGUGAUGUGUUUCAGGUGGUGCUGAGAUCUGGCUGUGCCUGCCCUGUCAGGUCCCAUCCCUUCCAAGAGUGCAGGGAAGGCUGGUGGAUCUCAACCCCACUGGCUAUACCCUUAUGUUUCAAGGGUUAAAGCCAACCCAAAGGCCCUUCAGCAAGAGGAGCAGGCCAGAAUCUGACCACAUUUCUAUUAAAAGUAAUUCUGUACACGAGGCUUCUGAAUGCUUGGGUAAAACAUAUCCUGCUAUACCUACAUUCAGGAACAGGAGGGGCCUGGAGAGGUGCCAUACUCAGCAUGAAUACAAGUAUGGCACCUUUUAAAAGACCCCUAUGAAACUUUGAAUAGUUUAUUUCUUGACUGGAAAAAAAGGGGGGGGGGACUUUUGCAAAGCUGUCACAUUGGCCAGUAGAUUAAUGACCUUUGCUGCUAAAAAAAAUUGCAUCCAUAUUUAUUUUAUUAUGCUGACUACUGACAUUUUAGUGAAUAUUUAUGGCUUCCUCCUAUAGGUUAUUUUUGUUUAAAUACAAAAAACUUCAGUACCCCUUUAUUUCAGACUAGAUAUUUAUUAUUUGUGAAAAUAUGGCCCUUCCCCAUAUUCCCUGGUAUAUGUAUUUUUUUCACAUAAAAUUGUUCCUUUUUGUUUUCAUGGCAAACAAGUUCCAGAUUUGCCUACAGCUUUUUGUUCAGUCAGACUUGCAACCUUUGUCUAAAUGGUUUUCUCAGCACAUUGAGCACAUCUUAAAGAUAACUUUAAACAUAGACACAUUUCAUUCCAGCUGCAGCUUCUAUUUUUAGGCAAUGAGACCAUACCAAUACAUGGGAUCUAUCAUUUAUAUGGCAUAUGAAAGAGAUACUGUUUUGUUUGUAUUAAUCAUUAGAUGUCAUUAUACAUUACCUAACGUUGGGCUCAGUUCUGCUUAUAGUUAUUCCAGUGCUAAUCUGAAGUAACCCUUCUAAUUUCAGUGGAGUUACUCUGGAUUUAUACCAGAGUUACCAAGAGCAAAAUUUAGUCCACAACAGUGUUCCCUGUGAGCUGGGCACUUGUGCAGCUGCUCAGGAGACAUACUGUCCAGCUGAUUAGCAGGGCGCCCACAACUAGGUUUUUUGUUUCUAUGGGUGGUGUAUAUUCGCACAUGCCUUGGUGCACACAAAAAAAUUAUUCCACACAUGGAUGGAAAACAUCUGCACAUGGAUGGAAAAGAUUAGAAGGAACAUUGGUCCAGAAGUUUUUUUUCUUUACUAAAUGCACAUUACAAAGAGAAUCAAUCUGUAAUCAAUUAAUAUUUUCACCUACUAACCUGCUAACCUAACUAAAAUCCUAAAAUCACUCCCAUAGACAGCAGGAAGGUUACUGGCCAAGUAUAGCAUGAAUGACAUGGCUAUACUGGUACUUAUGUUGGCCAGGCCAAAACAAAGCAGGGUGCUGAAUGUUCUCAAUCAUUCCUUUUGUUACAACAAUCUAGGCAGGCUUGGUGCUUCAAAGAAUGUUUCUCUUGUUCUGUAAGGGCGUGAUCUUGCUCCCACUGAAAUUGGCAGUGAAGCAGGGUCAAGCCCUAAAAUACUCCAGCAACUGUGUAGUGCUGAUGCCUUGUCAUGUACAUGUUUUUAUAUGUCUAUAUGCACAAGGAUGCUCUGGAAGAGGCAGAAAUCUUUUGCCCCUUAAGAAGAGCAAAUUUCAAGAUGAAUCCAAAAGGAACUAUUAUUACAAUGGGCAAAGUCCAUGCAUUCCGAGGAAUCAAUUAGCAUGUGAGACUGAACAAUUGUGGUCCUGAUUCUGCUUUUUUUUUUUUUUAAGUCACAGCAAACCUCCCAUUGAUUUCACUGGAGCAGGAUCAAUUGCCACCUGCAUCCAAGUGGAAGUAAAUAUAAAAUCUGCUUUUAAAUCAAGUGUGAGACAAUAAUAACUAGAGAAAAGGCCAGUGGUGUUAUAUAAAAUGGGUGAGAGAGCUGCAGUGAAAGGGAGGAUUAUGGAUGUUUCUGAAAUGAAACCUGAAAUAAUGAAUGUGGACAAAGAAUCAGUUCAGUGCACUUUGUAAAGAAUGGAUUUAAUUUGCAUCCUGAAUCUGUAUAGUAGCAUCACUUGCAAAUGCUUUGAAUGCUUCAUCUAGAGCUUUCUUGUCAGGUUGGUUUUGUACACUUGUCCUUCUUUUUAUUGCAUUGAACUCUGUAGGGGAAUAGUUGAUGAAAAUAAACCUUUUCUCCACUCUACAAUAAAUCAUCUUGCUCUCACCAUUCCACAACCUCAGUGUUUUGGGUUUGCUGCUGCUCUGGGAUAGGCUGCUACAGUGAAUGGCUCUGAACAGUCUUCUGCUUAGCAAAAGAGUGACAGGUAAUUGAGACUAGCUGCCUAAUAUGCAUGAGUGAACAGAUAUGGUGCUAACUGCCUCCAGCUCCUAUUGAGGUCCAUUUUAGUUCUGAAUCUCCCCACAAGAUUUCUUGGCUUUGCAAGAAGUUGAGAAUGCUGAGCAUCUUGUAGGAUAGGCGCUGAAAUCACUGUGAAGGGCUUUGCAUCACAUUGUAUUUUCCUAAAGAACAUAGCCCACAAGCUCACUUGCAUCUCCAGAUCAAAGAAAGGUAGAGUGAAAAAUCAUGUGAGCAUUUAAUUUUAUAAAAAGGUUUUGAAAGAAUCGAGAGGCUGGUGCAUGCCAGGCCUUAUUUCCGUGUAUGCCCUGGCAUAAUUCCAGGGAGCCAGAUUCCCUCUCAUUUACAUCAAUUUGUGGCCCUGAUUCAUGAAAGCACUUAUUAAAAGGUAAGCAGCGGUUUAACAGAUUUCCUGAAUAGGAAUGCUUUCCUGAACAGGGGUGGCUACUAAAAUUACUGGCACCUUUUGAAUGCCUGGGUACUACAAUUGAGAGGUCACUGCUAAUAAAUAAUUAAUAUAGCUUGUACACUCUUCAUCAGGAGGUUGGCUCAUUUUGACUUUACUGUGUAUACAUACUUAUGGAUCAAAUACUUCAACAAAGGAAAAAAUAAACUUUUUUUUCUUGUUGCUACAGCAGGGUGGGGAACCUUUUUUUGG